AUGACCUACGGCCUCGACCCCUUCACAUACGAAGCCCUCCCCACGGCGACAUCCAUCCGGCUGAUCCGCGUGCACGGCACCGACGCAGAGGGCCGUCUGCAGAUCGAGCUCAAGACCGCCGAUCUCCAAGACAACCCGUGGUACCAUGCAAUCUCCUACACCUGGGGCAACCCGCACAGCGAGUGGACGCAGCUACAGGAGCAGCGAGCCGCGUACGCGCAUGCGCACCCGCCACACAGCCGCGAGGACCUCCUGAUCAACGGGAAGCUCCUCCGCGUGGGCCGCGGCGCGUACGAUGCGUUGACGGCGGCGUCGGCCCGCGACAUCUGGCGCCAGCGGUGUAACCGCGGGAACCCGAAGAAGCAGCUGCGCACGACGGUGCACUGGGCGGCGCUGUCGGCGCACGGCUCCGACAGCAUCAAGAAGAUGAUCUCCUCCGGGGCGGACGUCAACGUGCGCGACGCGGAGGGCGUCACGCCGCUGGGCUGUGCGGCGUGGCUUGGGAACUUGGAGGCUGUGGAGAUGCUGCUCGCUGCGGGGGCGGAUUAUCGCCUGCGCGAUAACUCGCAGAAGAACGCGCUGGAUUGGGCCCGGCAGUCGCGGCAUGAGGCGGUUAUCCGGCGGCUGGAGCAGGUCGAGGAAGAGGGUUAUGUCGCUGCGCCGGUGGUCUGGCCGGACGGCCCGCAGGAGUGGUGCUGGGUCGACCAGAUCUGCAUCAACCAGGCGGAUCUCACGGAGCGUAGCUCGCACGUCGCCAUGAUGGAUGAGGUCUACGCCAAGGCAACCUUCACCCUCGUCUGGCUCGGCCCGGAGGACCCCUACACGGCGAACGCCAUCAGCGCCAUCGACAAGCUGUACGCGGGGACGCCGUUCCAUGAGACCGACCUCGUUCCCUAUGUGUCGCAGUCCGAGGAGGCCUACGCUGCGGCCGGCGUGCCGUGGGUGUCGUCGGAGGAAUGGACGGCGCUGGCGGCGUUCCUGCAGCGGCCGUACUUCCGGCGCCUGUGGAUCGUGCAGGAGUCGAUCCUGUCGGAUAUCCUCAUCGGGCUCUGCGGCCGCCACGAGGUGCCCUGGGACCGGUUCCACAUCGUCGCGCAGCAUCUGUACUUCCGGCAGCAGAUGCUGGGCCGGGUCACGUCGACGGCAUACAUCAACCCCGGAAACGCGGUCGCCUCGCUCGAGAGCGAAGUCGUCGUCCUCACGCAGUGGCGUGAACGCCUGCAGAAAGGCGAGCAGGCCGCGGUUCCACGCGCGCUCUCCCUCGAGAACCUAGUCUUCGACACCUGGACCUUCCGCUCGACGGACCCGCGCGACAAGAUCUUCGGGCUCUACGGCCUGCUGAGCAAGGCCGGCGGCGCAGACGGCCCCAACUGGCGGCCGGACUACCGCAAAUCGACGGCGCAGGUGUUCGCUGAGACCACGCGCAUAAUCAUAGACGAGGGCCGCGAGCUGCGCAUGCUCUCCGCCGUGCUGGACCACUCCCUGCGGCGUCUGGAGAAUCUGCCGUCGUGGGUGCCGGACUACAGCGUGCCGUUCGUCAACAUGAUGUACACGGCGCAGCGCGCGGCGGGAGAUCUCACCCUCCCGCAGCCGCUGCUGCAGCCGAGUCCGUGGAAUGUCCUGCGCAUCGCAGGCACGCGCGUCGACACGGUCCUGCGGCGGGGCGAGUCGACAUCUGGACCGGGCCAGCUGGGCAUGUUCUUCGACCCGCGGUGGUUCGAGCUCGCGCUGCUGCUGCCGCAGCCGUAUCAUGGCCAGUCGCGGACGGAGGCGCUCUGGCGGACGCUCUGCACAGAUCAGACCGCCAAGGGGGUGACGCCUGCGCCGGACGAGUACGGUAAGCAUUUCCGCGCGAUGCUGUGCGUGCUGGUGUGCAUCUAUGCGGCAGAGGCGACAGCCCGCGCGCGAGAGGAAUCCCCCGACGCCGAAGUCGUCGAUCUCCUCUCUGCGAUGUAUCAUGUGCGCACUGUCAUGGAACGUCCGCCGUUGUCAGAGAUGACGCGCGCGGAGUUGCAGGCCGCCUUCCAGGAGCCGGACACGAACCUCAGCGGGCCCGAGUUUCAGACACUCACGCAUCUGCUUUACAAGCUGGACAUCCUGUGGCGCACGGAGGACGACUCAUGGACGCCGAAUCUCCCCGAGGUGUGGACCACGUAUCGUGCUUCAGACUCCUGGGUCCCGUGGGACGAGUACCGAGCGAGUCCGCUGCCGGAGUCAGGGCAGGAGUUCUACCAGGUAUUGCGGAGUCGUCGCGGACGGCGACGGCUGUUCGUGACGGAGAAGCGGUAUCUGGGCCUGGGACCUGCGGCGAUGGCCGACGGGGACCAGAUAUGGGUGUUUCCGGGGGCUGGGACGGCGCUUGUGCUGCGGCCGACUCCCGACAAGGCGUUCCAUUUCAUCGGAGAGGCGUAUAUCCACGGAGGAAUGAACGGGGAGUUGGUGGAGGGUGUUGCAGUAGAAGAUCUGCAGACUGUCGAUCUGGUGUAG